AACAGCGCGCUCCAUCAAGUUUCAGCUCUACUCUACAACUCCCCCAUUUCUCGAUCCUUCUUCUCACAGUCACACACCGAGUACCAAACCUUUCUCUAUCAGUUUCCUCCAGUUCCCUAGUAUAUAUAGCUAGAAAAAGGGAGAAAAACAGCAAAACUGUAAGGAGAUCGAAGAAACCAUGAAUUUUUUCCAAUCACAGAGACAAGACUCGUUGAAAAGGAGGUGGCAAGAGAUCAAGAGAUCAAGUGCAACCACUCCACCUUCUACUGAUAUCAUCAGAAACCCUAAUUGUGCUCUCAACGUCUUCCCAGGUCUUCUUGGCGAGGAUGAUCUUGUUUCCAUGUUGGUCCCCCCGGUGACUGUGGUGCUCGAAGGCCGCUCCAUCUGCCAGCGCAUCAGUCUCCAAAACCAUACGAGCUACCAAAGUCUAGCAAAAGCCCUCCAGCAAAUGUUUGUGGAUGGUGGUGAUGUUGGAGCUACUGCAGCCGAGAUUGAUAGUAAGGAUCUUAAUCUUUCUAAUGCCAUUCCGGGUCAUGUUAUUGCUUAUGAAGACAUGGAAAACGAUCUCCUUCUUGCCGGAGACCUGAAUUGGAAGGAUUUUGUCCGCGUUGCUAAGAGAAUUCGAAUACUUCCAGCCAAGGUAAACUCAAGGAGGGGAGGGAGAAGGAGCACAUAGGUGGCUAAGCAUAUGCUGGAAAUUUGGCAUUUUGCAGAAAGAUUGGCAAGAAAGUCAAGGAAGUUACGACAUAAUAGUCAUAGACUCAUAAACGAGAAACUUGUAUACGGCGUCUCAUUUGAUGGUUUAAUGUGAAAUAUUUAUAGGACUUUGCAGCUAUCUAUAAAUCUUCCUUGGAAUCUUGCACAUCAUGUAAUAACCCUUGUUCCCAAUGAUCAUGUAAAUUAGGGCAAUGUUGAAUUUCCUUGUAUGAAUAUAUAAAUUAAGGACUGUU